GGAAAUGUGCGUUGCCAACGACCAGAUGUUGAUGGAUGAUGUAGCAUAUCUACAGCAGAGCUUCGACGAGUUCCGUGAAAGUAUCCAGGAGAAGCAGGAGCAGCUAAUCAAUCAAACGGCAGAGGUGACCGCAGCCGUACAGGCGUUACGCGAACAAAGCGACCUAGUCCUCCUUUUCAUGAAUUCGGGCAAUGCAGGAGAUGCAAUCUCCGGUAAUGAGUCGUUCCCAGAAGAUGGGUUGCCUGAUGAAAAGAUGAUGAUAGUGAUGGUAAAAGAUGGCGAGAUGAUGGGGACGGAUGGUAGACCGAUCCCGGGAGAAAUUCGGCUGAAGGCAGAAGAGAAGCUGCCAGGAAACGAGACGGAGGGGGAGGAAGAUGACGUCAUGGCUGACGAGGAUCUGCCGUGUCCCGAGGGUCAACUUUACUACAUGGAAAAGGACGCUAUGAACCACUCGUGCUACAUGGUGUUCAAAAAGAAUCUGACGUGGUACGACGCCUCGACCGCCUGUAGGGUGAUGGGGGGAGCACUGGUCUCCGUAGAGACGGCUGAGGAGCAUGCCGCCGUCAUGCUCUACCUGGCAGACAAAUACGACGGACAGACACCAGCCCUGGGUUAUGGUCACCAUUACGUUUAG